AUUUCAACUCGACAAAAAUGAAAAUACAUUCUUUGACUUUAUUGACACAAAGAAUAGCUGCUUGUACUUCCUCCUAUCUGACAAAACAUAAGUGCUGCACACAGAAGAAGCUUUGUUAGUUUGCUUGUCAACUCAUGAGGAAACAUGCACAUCCAUCGUGUUUUUUGUUUGGUUUUAUCUCUUUUCACUCCAGUUUUCUCUGAUGAAGAUUACUUCCAGUCCGCAGCAUGUUGUACAUUCAGAGGUCCAAACUUUAAAGAUACAGAGUUUAUAUUAAAAUUUGGUUAUAACCAAUAUUUUAUGCUGGAAUACAAUAGCACAAGAGGCAACUGGACUGGAUUUACACCUUCUGCAAUAGCAAAUUUAAGCAAUUUUAAUAAUCCUUUAGAUUUUGCUCUCAGAAAAUAUGAAAAGACAUUGCUUUGUGAAGACACGCUACAACUUGUCCAAAGCCUAGGAGAUCUCACCACACCACCCAUUGUUAGCGUUAAGUUAGUGAAGCAGCCCAGUGGACACCCAGCCAAGCUUGUAUGCAGCGCCUAUAACUUCUACCCAAAACAAGUCAGGAUGAAGUGGUUGCAAAAUAAACAAGAAGUGACAACAGGAGUCACUUACUCUGAUGUGAUGGAUGACGGGGAUCUUAACUACCAGAUGCAUUUAUUCCUGGAGUACACUCUAACUUUAGGAGACAAAAUCACCUGCAUGGUUGAACACGUCAGUCUUUCUGAACCAAAAAUCUUGGUCUGGGAAGACUCCCUCUCUGCUGAAGCACAAAUUCACAUAAUUGCUGGACUAUGUGUACUCAUAUUUGGUUUAGUUAUUCUAAGCUCUGGAUUGAUUUACUAUAAGAAAAAAUCAGCUGCACACAUUAUAUUCUGCCGAGGACAAACAGUGAUUCCUUUGGAACAUCUUCCUGCUGCUGGAACAGAGCAACUUUAACAAACACCAUUAUUAUUAUAGACAGUCCAUGAUGUUCUGAAUAUAUGUCUUGAGUUGAGCUUUGGUCUGCUUCCUGGCUUUCUGCUGCACACUCAAAAUACAUUUGGUACCUUUUUGUAUUUUUUCUAGAAUGAAGUUAGAAAAGCUUAACAAUGUAACAUAUGGCUUGUGUGUUAACUGAAUUAGAAUUAUUUUUCAUUAUUGUUGCUAUUGCAUACUUAUCGGUUACAUUCUACAGAAAUAACAACAGAUUUAACUUUUAAAAUAGUUCAUUCCCUUAAUUUAAUUUUGUUCAAGUUUUCCUGUACAUUUUAAUGUGGUCCACUUUUCGUAGCCCAAAAGUUGAGGGUCCAGACUGGAAAGAGCGUGCAAUGCCAUCCAAAUCAAUUUGUAGGAACAUAAUGGCUGUUCAGGUGUAAUUUGGUGAGGAAAAAAAUAUGGAAGUUUUGAAAGGUUUCCAUUGAGUAAUCUUUUGAACACUGAAGGUAAUGAUAGUAUUUCAUUUUGAAAGAAAGUUAAAAAAAAUAAUUAUCAUUUUAAGUUUAAUUCUGUUCUUCUACUGGUUUUACUAAGUAAGUUUUGGUGCCGGGUUUUGUUAUAAUUUUUAUUUUUAUUUAAACAACACCAAAAACUAAUCUCCAUGGUUUAGCAUGUGUCUUUGAAAUCACUGUAAAUAUGCCAACAACUGGUGAGAUUAUUCCUGAGUCCAUGUGUACUUCAUCAACCACCCUACCAAUCUGUACAAUAGAUACUGAGUGAAAAAAGAUAAUAAAAACCAACUUUUUACAUGACUAUACAAAGUAAUGACAAUGGCUUGCAAAGCAGUCUGAUUUAUGAGCUGAAAUCAUUUUUCACACUUUUUCCUCAUUCCUGACAACAGAAAGAAAACAAAACUUUAAAACUGACUAAAUGAGAAUAAAGCUCCUAUUUUUGUUUGUUUGUGUGAAACAGUUUUUGCUGAAAAUGUAGUUUCACAUAUUGACAAAAUAACAGUCAGUUCAGUUUCAGUUAUAAGUUAUAAAGCCUGAAUGCAUUGUAGUCAUUGCCACUAAGAAGUAAACAUGCAAAUAGAAUCACAUCUUUCAGUGUAAAAAUUCACUGUACAUCUAGAGAUCAUCUUGUAGAGAGAAACACACUCCUAAAGGCUGUCUUAAUAAUAUUGAUAAUAAAAAAGAUAAAAUAUAGAUGUUUUUACCAUCAUCCUUCCUUUUCUUUCAUACUGAAUACAAGAUAUGAUUGCAAUACACAAUGUUUUUAAAAAGCCAAAUUUUGGAAGUGAUGCAAAAUGUGGUCUGACAUUGUCCUGCUGAAAUAAUUAUUUACUGUCCUGGUUAAUGGUGUUUGUCUUUGUGUUAUGUCUGUUUCUUAGUUUCUUUUGUCCUUAAGUCUUUUGCGUUUUUGGUUUCUUGUCUUAUUGUAGAGUCUAACCCCUUGUUUGUUCUGUGCUCAUUGCCCCUGAUUAAGCUCACCUGGUUCAAUAACCUCAUUCACUUCACCUGUUCACUGUUAGUCAUCCUCAGUGUAUAUACGCCUUGGUUGCUAUUACUCAUUGGCAUUGUUGUGUUUCCUUUUGUUUCAGCCUGUCCUGGUUUUCCCUUGUUCAUUGAAAUAAAGCUUGGGUUAUUGUA